AUUAUCUUACACUGAUCAAAUACUUUGAAAAUGACUUCAAAAUUUCUCUUGGUGUCCUUCACACUUGCUGCACAGACUCUUUCAACUACAUUUUCUCUCCAACCGGACCAGCAGAAGGUUCUACUAGUGUCAUUUGAUGGAUUCCGUUGGGAUUACUUAUAUAAAGUUCCAACACCCCAUUUUCAUUAUGUUAUGAAAUCUGGUGUUCACGUGAAGCAAGUUACUAAUAUUUUUAUUACAAAGACCUACCCUAACCAUUAUACUUUAGUAACUGGCCUCUUUGCAGAGAAUCAUGGGAUUGUUGCAAAUGAGAUGUUUGAUCCUAUUCUGAACAAAUCUUUCUCCUUGGGUCACAUGAAUAUUUAUGAUUCUGAGUUUUGGGAAGAAGCAACGCCAAUAUGGAUCACAAAUCAGAGGGCAGGACAUACUAGUGGUGCAGCCAUGUGGCCCGGAGCAGAUGUGAAAAUACAUAAGAGCUUUCCUACUCACUACAUGGCUUACAAUGAAUCCGUUUCAUUUGAAGAUAGAGUUGCCAAAAUUAUUGAAUGGUUUACAUCAAAAGAGCCCAUAAAUCUUGGGCUUCUCUAUUGGGAAGAUCCUGAUGACAUGGGCCACCAGUUGGGACCUGACAGCCCACUCAUGGGGCCUGUUAUUUCAGAUAUUGACAACAAGUUAGGCUAUCUCAUCCAAAUGCUGAAAAAGGCUGAGUUGUGGAACAUUCUGAACCUGAUCAUCACAAGUGAUCACGGAAUGACCCAGUGUUCUAAGGAAAGGAUAAUAGAACUUGACCAAUAUCUGGAUAAAGACCACUAUACCCUGAUUGACCUAUCUCCAGUAGCAGCCAUCUUGCCAAAAGAAGGUAAAUUUGAUGAAGUCUAUGAAGCACUAACUCAUGCUCAUCCUAAUCUUACUGUUUACAAAAAAGAGGAGAUUCCGGAAAGAUGGCAUUACAAAUACAACAAUCGAAUUCCACCAAUCAUAGCAGUGGCUGACAAAGGGUGGUAUAUUUUACAGAAUAAGUCAGAUGACCUUAUGUUAGGCAACCACGGCUAUGAUAAUGCAUUAGCAGAAAUGCAUCCUAUAUUUUUAGCCCAUGGUCCUGCCUUCAGAAAGAAUUUCACAAAAGAAGCUAUGAACUCCACAGAUCUGUACCCACUGCUGUGCCACCUCCUCAAUAUCACCACCACGCCACACAAUGGAUCAUUCAGGAAUGUCAAGGAUAUGCUCAAUUCAGCAACUCCAAAACCAAUUCCUUAUACACCGAGUACUACCCCCCUCCCUGGUAGUGUAAAACCAAGUGAAUAUGAAUAUGAGCAAGAGGAGGCAUAUCCUUAUUUCAUAGGGGUUGCUCUUGGCAGCACUAUAGUGAUUGUAUUUUUUGUAAUUUUCAUUAAACAUUUAAUUCAAAGUCAAAUGCCUGCCUUACAAGAUAUGCAAGCUGAAAUAGCUCAACCAUUAUUACAAGCCUAAUGCUACUUUGAGUGGAAUUGCACAUAGAAGUGGAGAAUGUAUAAUUAUGUCAGUGUUUGAAGGUUAAAUUCUAGGAAACCAGUUUCAGACAUUUGCAGUGACCAUCAAGCAUAUAUACAUAAUUUAAACAGUCUCCCUCUCUCGGUCUCUGUCUCUGUCUCUCUCUCUCUCUCUCUCUCUCUCACCCCCACACACACCCACAGGGACCAAAAUACUUAUACCUGUUAAGGAUUAAGGAUGUGAGAAUAUGUCUCCAUUGUUCU